AUGUGGCCCUCUCUAUCAACGUUGCUCGGGUUGCCUAUCCUGGCCCUCAUCUCUAUCCCCCUCAUUCUCUCAGCAUGGGUUACAAUCUCCGCUGCGCUUUUUGCACUGAUAUUCAGACUAUCAGUAGUCUGUGUUGAGCUAGUCUGUGGAUUGGUCGUGCAUUUCUUCUCUGUGCCAACGUCACCUACCUCAUCAUUAUUGGCAUUCGCGGCGUCAGAACCUACAACCCCAGCUGCUGGUAGAUCAAGAAGGAAUUCCAGCCAAACGACGACACAUCCGCCAAAAGUAAUUGAUCCUCUCGCUUCCUGGGCUACUGGCACCAGUCUGGACUAUCCAGCAAACCGCAAAAUGAACUCUUAUGCACGGAGCAUGAUCGAGGCCCACAACUUAUCUACCCCAACAGCCACCGUUUACGGCCUGCCUAUAAGCGGUGAUGAAAGGCGAGACUUCGAAGGCGUAGGUGGGUGGCGCUCGUACCGGGCAUCAAAAACACGCAGCUCGCAUACUCCGCACGAGAAAGCCAUCUCGACCUCGUCCUCUUCGACACAUAGCACCGGCGACGUCGAUCCAGACGUAGAUAUCGACGCAGACGAGCGAGCCUGGCUUUCACUAAACAAUCGACUGGAGCUCCCCUCGCAGCUCGUCACGCUAUGCACAAGUGUGCACGCCGGAAGCACCCUAACCAGCGCCGAAAGCGCUGACUGGCGCAAUGGCCGAAGCAAUUUCCACUCGCUGACGGGAGCAGCGGGCUCACAGAGCAGCUACUCCGAGAAGCAAAGAAACGGAUCAAGACACCACCACCGCUCGCUGACGACUUCCUCGCUAACGACCUCUGACCGGCGCACGGGUACGGGACUCUCCCUAGCGCUGUCAACCAGGCCUGAUAAUGCAGCUAUUCAUUCGAGAGAGUACGGCCAUUCGAUGUUGUCAUCAGCAGCACGACCCGCGGCCCCUUUCAUGACGCCCCAGCCAUACGCGCGGCUGGAUUCGAACUCGCUUUCCCAGUUGCUGGCUCUCCCGCGCGCUGUCCCUGCCAGCGGCGUACCGUUCACGAGCUCCUAUCUCCCCGGCACUGGGGAUGGGCUGGGCCACAGCUUCGGGAGCAAUAGUAGCGGCGGGAGCUUUGCAAACGGAGGCGGGGGUGGGUAUUUUUCUUUGAGGCGGCCUGGGUCUUCUGGUAGCCAUAUUCUCUCUGGAAGAGUUAGCCCCAGUGCUAGUGGAUGUACUACACCCGGGUUGGGUCUGUCGACUGAGGAGCGUGAUGCUCCAUCGGUGAGGCUAGCGCGCUUGAUGGCGCAUUAUCCCACUAGCCCUAGGCGUCGGAGACAAAGUAUCUCUGGGCCGAAUUCGAGGGGAUAG